AUGCCUGUCGUACCCCCUCUUCAUUCUGUUCCGUUCCCUUCCGUUUCAAUUCGAGAUGGUUCUCCCGGUGGAGAAAGACCUGCUUCACGUGCUGACUUACAUACCCGUACUCAAUCCGACGCUAGUAUGGGCUCCAAGAACUUUCUGAACGGCGCAAAUGUUGGUGCGGACGGCAGUCCCUUUUCUGUCCGACCCCCAUCACCUGACCGUGCAUCACGAUUUGAUCCCAAAGUCAAUCACGGGAGAACAGCGUCUAAUGCAACCAUGGGUACUAUGGCAUCCAAGAAUAUGCUUGCAGAGGAGAAUCCCUUUGCUGUGAGACCUCCCUCACCUUCCCGGUUGUCACGAUUUGAUCCCAAAGUUCGUGCGCGAACAAUGUCCGUUGGGUCAAUGGGCACUCGGGUUCUCAUUGAUAAUGACACCGAAGCAGACUCACGCAGGGAUCGGCCUUAUUCCACUGUUGAGCUACUUAGGCCAAAGGUUCUGGUUAUGCCAAGUCCGUUGCAAAAUGUGGCUCCUCCCCCUCCUCCCCCUCCUUCUUUUACACCUAGAAUUGGGUUUGAGACAUCUACAGAUGGCCCGCCCUUGCCACCAGGUGCUCGCUCUGCGAACCGUUCGUCCACCUCUUUAACGAACUACAUGACUCCCGCGUCGGCACCCAUAGCAUCUAAUUCUUUCACUCCUAAUCCUCGAGCAAGUCUUACACUGUCUCAACUCGCUUUUCGCAACACACUUGUGGUUGGAGGGCAAAGAGAUAUUGCGUACUCUGACAUUGACCGUCGUCUUCCUCGAGCGAUGAAAGAUGGUGAACAAGCGAAGUUCGAAGAACUAGAAGAAGAAGAGUCUCCUGUGCCCGUUUCAAUACCUCUCCCUCCUGUCCCUCCUCCCACUGAGAUGGAAAUGAAGCGCCCGGCUGGGAAGCUCUAUGGAAGGAGUUUGAUAGACAAUCUAGAACAUCGCAAAGCGGAGAUAAAGCAGAAAGCUCGUGUCUUCACUGGCGAUGAAAGACCAUCAAUGAUGGUCCGGGGUCAGAUUCGCCGAUCAAGUACUCUCAUUGACCCCCAGACGCUUGGUCGUCCCCCUUCACAAAAUCUUGACAAUGCGUCUCUCUUACGCCGGAACUCCUCUGGCAGCAAGCCUCUCCUGGACAUGGAUGGAGAAAAAGCUCCCACGAACCUUGGUCCAGGGGCAGAGCAACUCUUGUCUAAAAGUCGCUCUGUUUUUGGUGUGGAUACGUUGUGGGAUCUUGAAAUGGUCAAGUUGAACAAAAUGGAGGCAGAAGAAAAAGCUGAAGCUGAAGCGCGGAAGAAGCGGGAAGAGGAAGAGGACGAACGUCGUAGUAAGAAAAAGAAGAAAGGGAAAUCGAAAGGAAAAAGUAGCGCCAUUCCGCUAGAGUCCACCUCUUCACCCGACUUCGCCUCUGGAUCACGAGUACGCUCGGCCCCUCCCACUCUACCUAUCAUCCAGAAACCCAUUCUUAAGCGCGCACCUCAGGUCGACGACGAGAGUGAAAGCGACAGCGACAAUGGUGAUGCUGUGCCAAAGGCAACUCUCGAAAAAGCCGCUGACCGCUGGGUUUCUGAGUCUUCGGAGGAAGAAAAUGAGCUCAGACGGACCAAUGGAAUUGGUUUACGGUAUCCAUCCAAUGCCAACGCAUCCCCUCAGUUCCCACCACUAAAUGGCGAUGAUAGCGAAGAAGACCUUCCUUUAACAGCCGCUGUUCAGCGUGUUGUCAGGCGAGCAUCGCAAUUGGGGUCAUUGGGCAUUGAUGAUGAUUCGGAAGAAGACAUCCCGCUGACGGCAGCAGCAGUUAGGAUUGCCAAACGGGCCACUCAGCUUUCGCUUCAUGCAGAUGACGAUGACGAAGACAAACCUCUGGUAGAUGUCAUUAACAGAGCCAGAUCUGUUAACUUCGAUGGUCGAUCCCGCGCGGAUGAAGAUGAGGACGAGCAGCCGCUUGGUCUACGAGCCUCUAGAUUACCACUGGCUUCUCAGACAUCAUUGCCUUUCAUUCGCGGCGAAGAAGAUGACGACAAGCCACUGGCCUUCCAUCCUGAGCAACAACGUCGAACACAGUACCAGAUGUUCGCCCAGGCUCAGCAACAACAACAACACCAACAACAAAUGAUGAUGCAAGCUCAAAUACAGAACAGCAUGUUUUUCAACCCCGCCAUGAUGGGAUCUGGCGUUUUCACGCCUAUGGCUGUCCCUUCGAUGAUGGUGGGCGUACCAAUGGCUCCUCCUUCACCUCCCCCAGCGCACGAUGCAGGCAAGUAUGGUCGUGUGGACAGGUGGCGACGUGAUGUUGCUGUGGAGGGUGAGUGA